AUGGCAGGUGUCGACUAUGACGAGAUAGCCGUGAUGGACGAUUUGAAGGACGGAGAAGGCGAGCCGGUGGGAGGUGGCGGUCUGCUGAGUGCGGAGCGUCGCGGCGGCCGUGGUGGGUGCGAUGGAGCCGCCUCGUUGGAAAGGUCACCGCAUUCCCUCUCCAAGACGCGCAGUCUGUCGGACGGCGGCGGCGCCCAACUGUCUCCCUCGCCCUUCAUCGUCGAGGCAAGACGCACCUCGAAGGAUGAUAGCUCCCUGAGAGACCCCUCCUCAACGACGGCGGCGUCCUAUGCCGCACCACCCGUCACACCGAGACGACCCGAUUUCGCCCUCCGCGGCCUGUCACUGCAGAUGCCCAGCAGCGACGCCUCGACUCCAGCGCAGGCACAGGCUGCUCCAUACGUCAAGCCGAGCCCUCUGUCCCCCAAGCUCGACCAAUCUCACAUCUACGCUUCGCCGACUAACAUUCUGCCGCGACGGUCGCGAGGCAUGGAUUUCUCCAGGGCCGCCACCAGCCUGCACCACUCCACUCUCGCCGAGCAGUCGUCGCCCGACACCUCGCCCACCAUUGGCGGCGGCAGAGCGGUGAACAUCCCCGGCCGCGCAAUCGGAGACUUCGGCGCCGAGCUUAGGACCAAUUCGCUAUGGUCUAUGAUGGGGAACCAAGAGCGUAACAGAUUCUCCAGCUCGGUGGGGAGCGCCAACCACGCCGGUUUGGGCUCGGACUCCUCCUCGAGCUCUGACGACGAUGACCUGAUGGACGAGGAGAUGGACGAUGCCUUCCUGGGGACCCCGCAGGCUGCAAAGACCACCCAGGGUGCUGGGAUACCAUGGAUGCCCGGCAACUCGCCCGCGGCAAACAGCCUCUCUAGCUUUAGAUCGAGACCUCGUAAACCGCCUAAGAAACGGCUUCGGGGCCUUUUGGGUUUGGGCUUCAACCCUGCCGCGCCAUCCGGCUUGUCCAAGUCGCCACCCUCGAACGGCGUCAUGAAAGAGAUGAAGGACAGCUCCGGUGCGCACUCGCGCAGAGAGAGCAUCAGCUGGGCUGCCAAUCAGCUACACAUAUCCGCCGACAACGACGACAAGGCUCUCGACUCGAUCGAAAUUCCUAAGGAUGGACAGAGGGGAGUUAUCAGACGAGCCGUCACUCGGCGGAGCAACCUUCUGCCGAAAACCAAAGGCUUCGCCCGCAUUCGAGCUGCUCUUGCUGAGGAAGGCGCCCCCGUAGACUCCGAGUUUCGUCGUGAAGCCGAGGUCAUCCGCCAAGUACGCGAGAGCGACAUGGAUCUUGAACCUCGAAUGCCGCCGCCUCUCGACAUAUCGACGGCAAAGUCCUCGCCUAACCUCAACAACGAUAACCUGGAUGAUGUACUGGACGAAGAUCUACUCGGAGAUCCUGGCCUCUCAAGCAGCUUCAAACAACAGGCCCUGAAGAACUCCAAAGGCAAGCAGUUCUGGGACAACUUCUCAGAGACGAGCAGUGUGGCUGGUAGUCGCGUCACGCCGCCUCCCCCGGCUUUCCUACCUCGUGGUUCCUCGUCUGGCAUCAGUGAAGACGUGAAUAUGGAUUCGCCCUUGACCGGCACCGCGAGCUUGUUUGGGCCCGGGCCGGCUCUGGCCAUGAUUGGAAACGAAAGCGACAGCCAACGCUCCGACACGCCACAGGUUCCUGGGUCAGCCUCUGGGUCGCAAGGCCCGCGCAUUCCUCCUACUGCGGAGGAAAUCACUCGCCGCAUCAACAACAAGCGCAGAAGGGACGAUGACUUUGAUUCCAACAGUUUCAAGCGGAGAGCUGUAAGCCCUGGCAUGAGCGUGCACAACUCUCCCAUUAUGCAGAGUCCCCUACAGCGAGACAUGGCCCCGUGGGGCUCUCGGCCAGGAAGCAACCAUGGAGGCGACAAGGCCUCGGGCACCCCCAGUGAGAACGGUAGCAACAACGGAGGAGCGAAUAACGGACGCCCCAUCAACGGCGCAAAGGGUAGAGUCGGGUUUCAGGGCAUGGUGGAUACCAACGAUGGUCUAAUGCGGAUGAGCAUUGAGUAA